AUGGGUGUCCAGUCUCCGGGGGACUUGCCUGCGACGGAAGCCACCUGCUCCAGGCGGCUCCCCUCUGCGGGGAGAGAAUAUUUCAAUGCUCCCUGCAUCUUCCCAUUUACUUACGAUGACCUGACGUACUACAGCUGCGUCUCGGUGCACAGCGAUUAUGCCUGGUGCUCCCUGGACGACAGGUUCCAGGGCAGGUGGCGCUACUGCACGGCCAAAGACCCCCCCACGUGCGCCUUCCCCUUCCGCUUCAGGAGUAGGCUCUUUCAGACGUGCACCAAGAUAGGCUAUAUUUUUAAUCGGACGUGGUGCUCGCUGACCAGUAAUUACGAUGCAGAUGGAAAAUGGAAGCAGUGUUCUCCUUACAAGUACGUUGGCACGCAUCUCCUCAACUGCAAGGGACCCCACGAGCCUUGCAACCAGGAGAACAACGGGCAGCAGCAGCGCAUCCUGGGUUAA